UUCUAAUAGUGCUUGUCAUCUUAAAGAGUUCAAGUUCAUAUUGUGAAAUAAUAACAAUGAUUAAGUCGAGCAAAUGAUUUGCAAAAAAAAAAAAAACAAAAAAACAAUUAAAUGAAAUGAAAUUGGAAACUCAUUGACCAGCAACAUCUAGAACAUGGACUAUAAAUGGUUAAGAAAAUAAAAAUUUCAAAAGGAUUGGUGAUAAUUUUUUUUUAAAUUAUUCAACAAGUUUUGCAAAGUGCUGUUUAAAUCAAAUGGAAAAAUCGUUCACCAUGCAUAUCCUACGCGUUAAGGCAUACUAAUUUAAUAAUUAAAUUAAAUUAUAAAAUUAUUUAAGAAAAAGGAAACCAACUAAUUAAAAAAAAACAACAUUUAAUAAGAGAAACAACAGAGUUCCUUGCAAAUUAGCAAAACGGCAAUUAAAAGUGCACAUAGCUGCAAUUCUAUGAAUUUUGUCGAGAAAUCAAGAACUAUUGAAUUUUUAAUGCUUCCCAAGAGAUAGUCAUAAAGCAAUUAACAAAAAGCCAAUAUUUGACUAAAGCAUUAACUACAAAAAAAUCCAUUUAAAGGAGAAAUAUAUUUAUAUUAAAUUGAAUACAAAUCCAUAUCAAGAAAUCUCUCGAAAUGGCGAAAUACUUUAUUACCCUCGUUCUAUUGCUGUGCCUGGCAUUGGAGAAUAAUAAUAUCUACAAUCGCCUGCACGCCCAUUCGCAUCCUAGUACCCGGGAGGAUACACUGCGUCCGCAUCCCAAGCCUCAGCCCCAUCAGCAUGUGAAGCAUAUGUCGCAGCAUAUACUACAGCAACAGCAUCACAUACGGCAGCAACGUUCCAGGCAAUUGAAACAUGUGGAACCAGAUCCAGCCAACAGCGAGGAGGAAGAAAAACAACAGCAAGAGCAACAUUACUAUGAGAGAUUGAGAAGACAUUCGCAACAUCAACUGGAGCAUCUGAUUAAGCAGGAACGAAGCUAUCAUCGAUCAUCGCCGCCGGAGCAGCUGAAGAGUGUGCCCAGGCUAUGGCAACUACUGAGCGAGGUCUAUGACGAUGAGGAUGAGGAAAACGUAGUCUCCACUCCACAGGUUGAUGGCACUGAAGACUAUCCCCAUAUGUUUGGCGAUGAUCCCAGACAAACGGACGAUGAUAACGGACUCAAUUUGAGUCCUUUGGAUUAUGUUAGGAAUGAACUGCAAGAGAGCCUCCUUCAACCAGAGAAUGGCGAUGAUGAUGAUGAUGAUGUAGUUGUAGCACCUGAAGUGGUGCCAGAACAGAAAGAAGAGACCUUACCCCUUCCCACUGUUGAUGAUGAUGCUGCUGCGAAUAAAACAAACUCCACUGGCGGUGGUUGUCCCAAAUGUGAGAGCAAUCGUCAGGUCGAGCAUGUCACUGAGGAGGAACUCAGCCGCCUGCGCAUUGAAUUCGUCAAGCAGCAAAUUCUGGAGAAAUUGCGUCUCAAGGAGAGUCCCAAUGUCUCGGCAGUGGAGCUGCCUAAGCCAAUAUUCGAAGGUGUUACCCUAAGCCAUCCAGACGAGAGUACAAAGAACAAAGAAUUAGAUGAUUACUAUGCACGUACUAGCAAGAAAUUCAUCUUACUCAAGAGAGAGGAAAUUGAAUGCAAACGUCUGGGUGCCCAUCCUUCCAUGUGCUUCAGCUUCAAGAUCGAUGAUGCCGAUGCCGAUGGCUUUGAUGUAAGCACUGCUGUUCUAUGGAUCUUUAAGAACAAACAGAAUCAAACUCGUCCCAGCAAUGAUACACUUCCUCAUAAGCAGCAAACGAUUGUUGUCUCCGAAGUGGAACAGCAAGCGGAUGCCAAGUAUUUACCAUUGGCCAAAACGAUAGCCAUACAGUCGGUGGAUGUGCAAGAUGAAUGGAUGAAAAUCGACAUUGAGUGGCCCAUUAAACGCUGGUUUGGUAGUCACGAUCUCAGCCAUCUUAUACAAAUUACCUGCGAAUCGUGCGACAUAAGCAAUAUGGAGGAAAUGAUAUCAGUGGACAAGGAUUAUAGGCCCUUCAUAAUGAUCGAUACACAAAAUCGUCGCUCCAAAUCCCGUCAGAAGCGUAGUAUUAAUUGUUCUAGUGGAGUGACGGAAUGUUGUCGUGAGAAAUUGUAUAUAUCCUUUGCGGAAAUUGGCUGGGAUAAUUGGAUUCUACAGCCGCCAGGAUAUCAUGCAUAUUUCUGUCGUGGCUCCUGCAGUUCCGUGGCGAGUGUUGCUCAAGCUGCUUCACAUCACAGCUCCAUAAUGAAAAUUGUCUCUACAAAUGCCACCCACAAACCCUUGGAGCUGAUACCCUGCUGCACCGCCAAACAGUAUUCCUCACUGCAGUUGGUCGUCUUGGACUCGAACAACUCGGCCACUCUCAAGACUCUGCCCAAUAUGGUUGUUGAGUCAUGCGGCUGUAGAUAGUCGAAUAGUGUCCAUUGAUAAAGGCUUACAUACAUAUAUUUAACAUUGUUACAUAUCGGACAAAUUAGUUGUAGAUUAUCGCUUUCGCCACAUUUCAAUCAAUCAAUGAACUCCAUUUCUCUUCAACUAAUUUAAAUUCAUUUGCAAUGCAUUCACAUUUGAGUAGUGUUUAAUUAGUUUUAAUAGUAAUAACGUUUGUUUAAAUUGUUAAAGAAAAAAUCAACAACAAUAUGCUGCCAUUAGUUAUACAAUAGUUGCAAUUAGGUUCCUCCCCUUCAUACUAUUUUCUUCCUACUUUGUUAGUUAUGUAGUAAUGUACUUAAGCACUCGAAGUAUGGCAAACAUAAGCAGUUAGCAAAUAAUUAUAUUAAAUACUAUUUAAGCUUACCUUUAAUUAAAUAUUGUAAAUGUUGAUCAAUUAAUGAAGAAAAUACAUAAAGUAAAAACUAAUUAAAUAUAA